AUGAACCCCAAGCGGUGUGGAAACGCCUUAGUCGGCAUCGCGGCCCUCCAGGACUUUUGGGAGGAGGGCCCGGACGGGUGGCGGGGCUCCGAGCUCGAGCACCUGCCGGAGGCCGCGCUGCAAACCGCGUGCGACCUCUUUGCACAAGUGGAAGCUGGCCAAGACUGGCCGGCGCAGUUGGGCCACUGGAAGCAGGUCCACUUGCAGAAACCCAACAAGGAGUUGGGCGCCUUGGCCUCCUUGCGCCCCAUCUCCUUGAGCUCGGUUUGGUACCGAAUCUGGAGCGGGAUCCGUGUUCAGCUGCUUAGCCCUUGGCUUGCCCAGGUCUUGCCGGACGAGCAGCAUGGCAGUGUCCACCGCAAAGGGGUACACACCGCACUUAGCUACCCCCUGGCGCUGCUUGAGCUGGGUAAGGACCCGACGCGCGCGGGUCGUGAUGGGUCCUUUCGCUUCAUUGGCGCGGCCGAUCUAGCUAAAGCUUACGACUCGCUGGGGGCAGAGUUCUGCACUCGGGCUCUUGGCCGCAUGGGUGUGCCGGCUUCGCUGCUUCAGGCUUGUUGGCGGGUCCGGCGGGUCCAGGGGGAUGCGGCCUCGCCGAUGGCCCUGUGCGCCGUCAUCAGCGAAGCGCUCGCUGAAUACGCCGCCACGGGCGGUUUGGCCGCGCAGACUGCGCUGCAGGAGACGCUGGAACAGUCGGGCACCGUUGGCACGGUGGUGGAGCGCCCUAAGGUGCUUGGCACUCGGCUUCAGCUGACACGGGCCCACACGGGGCCCUAUCAUGAUGCUCCGACGCUGGAUGGAGCGUCAUGGGCUGGAAAGCCUUUCGAGCCGUGGGUCUGGGAACACACGGAUGCCCACAGCAUCCUUGAUGCACGGUUGCCUGCUCAUCGUGGGAAUGCUGCCUGGUUGGCAAGGGGAGGUCGCGUGGUGUGCUCACUGCCGGGGCAGGGUAAGGCUCAUGUGGCUCACGUGCUCCGUGAUGCUUGGCGCGCCCAGCAAUGGCGCGAGUUUCAAGACUCCGGUACCAAAGCAGCUCAGGCUGCGGGCCAUUUGCAAUGGCGGGACGUGGAACCGAGGGCGGUUCUCGUCUCCAAGGCGUGUGAGGCUGCCCCGCCUCCUCUUCGACCUCACAUGCGAGCCAUUGCCGUCGGCCACUGGGUUAGUCAGGCUCGGUUCCAGUUCACCCAGGGCCAGGCAGUGGACCCAUGCUGCUACUGCGGUGACGCGUCGCUGGCAGCGGACAAUUUCUUCUUCUUCGACGAGGUGCUCGAUGGCGACUACGACUCCGCCUCCUCGCCGGCUGUCGCGGGCAUUUCGCUGCCUGUUGCAGCCUAUGGUGGCAAUAAUUACACAGGGGCGGCGAAGAUCGCCUCAUGCGAUACGAGCCUGGCGGUUCGUCAGGUCACGGCCAUGUCCAUUGCGGGCGUUCCCGCACCGUUCAAUUCCAGGUCCUUCAUUGGCCACGCCGGCGCGAGUAGCAGCUGGGGGGCACAAGAGUUCCUGGCCUUCCUGAAUCGUGGGAUUCAGGUGAGUCUUGACAGGGGGUUGUGGUGCAUUUUGUUAGUCGCAUCACUGCCUCUAGCACUGCCAGAUAAUCCGAUUUUGCACUUGGGGUGUCUGGCGUUUUUGGGGAUGCUCGGCCUUUGGUGGGGUAAGUUGCUCACGCUCUGGGAUCGACAUGCCGCGGAUCGAUAUCGCAGAGCGCGUCGCCGGCAGAAGGCACGGGUCAAGCGCAUGCGGGACAGGACCAGCAGGGGCAGGUCCGGUCGCCCAGCGCACCAGCACAUGGCACGGUACAUUUUUGCCGCUCGUAUGUGCGGUCAGCGCCGAUGCCGUCAUGCCAGGGGCUGCCAUAUCCUGAAGAGUGGCUUCCGCAGGGAGUGCCGCGGCCUCUGUCUUAAGCGGACGGAGCCGGUCGAGUUGACGGCGCCGCCUUGUGUGUCACCGGAAGAGGCCUAUAACGCUUGGCUUGCUCAUGCUGCACCCCUGCUGGAGGGCGGUAAAGGUGGUGCUGCCAGAUCCAAGCGUAAGCGCCGCGAGGCGCAAGCCAUGGUGGCUGCAGUUUUGGAUGCUUUGAGCCGCAGUCGCAAACCGAAGCGGGGCCGAGGUGCCCCGAAGCCUCAGACGGUACCCGUCGACAAGGGACGGGAUAAUCAUAUGACCCGUCAGCUCAUGGGCCAUCUGAAGGAUCGGUUGAAUGCCGGGGAUUCCGAUGCUGCGGUUCUGAGCUGGCUCAGACAGGUGAUGCCGGCGGAGUCUCCACAGGAUGAUUGGGGGCAGGGUGCGGCGGCACCCAUGGAUCAUGAUUACAUGUCGCAUCACGCGACGCGGUAUGGGGGUGAGGUCGAACCAGGGACCUGGGCCCAGUGGGAUGACACCUGGUGGUACACGGUGGACCCGCAUUCGGGCAAUGCCCCGUCCGGUAACCUCGUGGUGGUCACAUCUAAGGACAUGCUUAGUCAGGUGCAAGACUUGUGGCACGCCUUCGAUGACCCGGUCAAGCGCGAGGCUAUCCCAGUCACUUCCAAGGUGGAUCAGGGCCGAUGGCAGUCGCAAAUCCGUGGCAAGCAAUCCCAAAUUGUCGGUUACUUACGCCUGAGGGAUGAAGUGGCCGAGAAACUCCUGCCGCUUAGUGGGGAAAAGGGGGUAUUCACUUGCCUCGCAGGGGAAAACAGUGCUGUGAACCCCUUUUGGAUCCGAUCCACCCCGGGUGAGAGCCGUGAGAGUUAUUACCUGAGGGUAAUGAGCCUCAAACGAGUCCGUAAUCAGCCCGUGCUGUAUCGUUCUGGGGGCGGACAUUGUCUGGGCUUCCCACGCAUGCCCCAGGAUAAGGACGCACAGUGGGCCAAACAGUACACCCUCACAGGUGUCCCCAAGUCUUGGGACUCCACUGACUUGAACGAUUUCUUUAAGGAGCAGGGCUGGAAGCAGAUAGAGCAGAUCUCUCGCAGACGCUCCACGUGGCAUUUCAAGGCGGUGGCCCCUGUGGCCGACCAGACGUCCUGGAUGUACGUCCCCGAAGAGGGCGAAAGCUGGAGCAUCGGGGUGACGAUGGCGGCGGGGACCCGCCCGUCUGCACAAGUCACGCCCCUCCGCCAACCGCGGAAGCAGCGCGAACCCCCGCGACAGGUGAGCGCCUCGGUGACGGCGGGCUCGGCGGACCGUCCCGACAUGGACACUGACUCGCCCGAAGCUGGGGAGUCGACGACACCCCAGGUGGGCAGAACGGACCGUAGCAGGAGCCCACCCGCUAGACCCCCCUCCCCGCCUAUUGAUCCGGCAGAGGCACAAAAGCAAGGUUGGCACAUGCGAGACCUUGGGGGCUGCGGCGACUGCUUCUUCCGCGCUGCUGCCGAGGCGCUGGCACAAUACGCCCAGCCAGACAAACCCCUGCGGGAGGCGGAGGCCAUAGCCCAGGGCGCCCUGCUGCGCACGGAAACGGUGGCUCACAUCCGGAAGCAUGCGAGUAAGUUUCAGGCCCUUUUCUCCACGCGGGAAGAGUUCGACCAUUGGCUGGAGAAAGCCCCGUUGCAGCAAACUUGGGCCGAGGGCAAGCUCAUCCAAGCGUGCGCGGAGCGCACGGGAGCCCCCGUAAUCAUCUGGGCAUGGUCCAACGAACGCUCGUCUUGGGAGCGAUUCACAAUUAGUGGCCGGUUCAGCGACGGCAUGGCCACUUGCGCAUCCAACCGGAAGCCGAUGGUCUUGAUCCUGCGGGACAAGCACUAUUGCGUGCUUAAGCCGCCCAAAGAGCAUAGUGUCCCACAGGGAUGGCUCCGGGAGACGGUCGGGGUCGUGAUCGACUUGUCGGGGGCAAGCCCUUCAGGGGUGGACCUCCUAGGCCUGGGGGAGGCUACACCUAGCGUGCACACACUUGCUGAUGACACGCCUCGAGCCCCACCUAGCGUUGUUAGCCGGGACUUGACUAAGCCAAUUGACAUGUCCACUCAGGGUAAUCCACCGCGUCAAUCUCAGGUAUCCCUCGAGGCCGACCGUACUCACGAGGCUGAGGGAGUGCCAAGCCGUAAGCGUAGGCUCGUCGUCAAACAGCCGCCUCAGAACUCGGCCUUCACUGAAGCUGCUCUCCAGGCACACACGGCGGCUGCGGCGGCCGCCAUGCCACCCCCAGCGGUGCCUGGAGGCCGACAGGGCGUGAAGCUCCUCAAGGGUAAGGCCCGGAAGCAUGAACUGUACCUUAAGAGGACCAUUGCAGACUGGUCCCCGUGGCCCUGUCCGAUCUGUCACACGGAGGUUCUAAUCAAGGGACAGAACGAUGGCCAGCAUUACCGGGCUAAGCAUCUGAUGAGCGCCCACGGGGUAAAGCUUAAGGACAUGCCCAUGCCUGGGCGACAGGCUAGCACCCAUAGGGCCCAGCUCCGAGUGACUCAGCUUCCGCAUGAGCAUUCCCUGCUGCACGUGAAGCAGAACGGACUGAACGAGUGCCCAGGGCUCAACGGUUGCACUUGGGUUUGUAGGAAAUGCCUUUGCCGGGGUACUAGUGGGAAGGUGGGGGGUUAUCAGUGUCAGCUCUACAAGGAAACCAAGCGAGCACACUGGUGGAACGCUCUCUCUAGAAAGCAUCGUCAACUGCUCACCUCCAAAGUGGGCUGGACGGACUCGCAAACGAAAGCAUUUGCAAAAUGGGCCCGUGAGACUGCGGCCAAGUCCAAACCGCGGGUCAGGGCACUCUCGGCCAAGGACAUCCAGUACCACAAGGGCUUGAAACGGGCGAGGGCAGCUUGGCGUAGGGCCAACAACCUGGCUAUCAAUCCUAGGAGGGGUGGCCAUCAACGCAUCUACAAUAUCGGAGGUUGGAUCCGGGACCUCACCACUGAGGGCGUGGAGCCCAAUCCGGGUCCGCCACGCGAAGUCCAGUCGUCACGACGCCCGGAUCGUCAGGAGGUGGCUACAGCCCUUAGGGACUGGCAGUUCUACCAUCAGGCCUCGUCGUACUGCGGGCCGUCAGGUGAAUGGAUACGCAUCGCCACUGAGCGCCUGCACCUGGUGUCGGCGUAUCGGCCCGCGAAAUUCACGCAGCUCAGGGCCGGACCGGACUACCGUAAGCCCCCAGGGGUCGAGCAGGAAGUCUGGUUCACUGCCACCACCGUCCGCAAGCGGACAAUUGAGCGAGCCUUCCAGAUUAGUCAGUCUUGGAUUUCGGAUGCCAUUCGUAGUGCUGAAGAGGACAUCAGUAAGCGACGCAUCUCGGCAUGGAAGCAUAAGCUUCGCCAUGAACCUCAAGCGGUGUGGAAACGCCUUAGUCGGCAUCGCGGUAGUCCGCCACUCACCUCUCUCAAAUGCCCCCGCACGGGAGUGCCAGUCACCGGCGAAGGAGUCACUAAGGCCCUCCAGGACUUUUGGGAGGAGGUUUGGCCCACCCGGCCUACUCCCCAGCAGCAUGCAUUGCUUGAGCAGUUAGCGGCGGAGGAUACGGCAUGGCCCAACAUUCCUCCUCCCCCUGUCCCUCCGCUCUCUCCUGCGGAUGUCCGUCGUGCCGCCGCUCGGCAGCGCCACAAAGCCCCGGGCCCGGACGGGUGGCGGGGCUCCGAGCUCGAGCACCUGCCGGAGGCCGCGCUGCAAACCGCGUGCGACCUCUUUGCACAAGUGGAAGCUGGCCAAGACUGGCCGGCGCAGUUGGGCCACUGGAAGCAGGUCCACUUGCAGAAACCCAACAAGGAGUUGGGCGCCUUGGCCUCCUUGCGCCCCAUCUCCUUGAGCUCGGUUUGGUACCGAAUCUGGAGCGGGAUCCGUGUUCAGCUGCUUAGCCCUUGGCUUGCCCAGGUCUUGCCGGACGAGCAGCAUGGCAGUGUCCGCCGCAAAGGGGUACACACCGCACUUAGCUACCCCCUGGCGCUGCUUGAGCUGGGUAAGGACCCGAUGCGCGCGGGUCAUGAUGGGUCCUUUCGCUUCAUUGGCGCGGCCGAUCUAGCUAAAGCUUACGACUCGUUGGGGGCAGAGUUCUGCACUCGGGCUCUUGGCCGCAUGGGUGUGCCGGCUUCGCUGCUUCAGGCUUGGGACAGGGCUUGGCGGGUCCAGGCGCGGUGGCUUUGUGCAGCGGGCUCGGUGAGCCAGGUGGCGUGUAGUCAAGUGUGGUGGCUGCCGCAGGGGGAUGCGGCCUCGCCGAUGGCCCUGUGCGCCGUCAUCAGCGAAGCGCUCGUGCGGGUUAAACGGUCUUGGAUCACUUCCAACGCGGAAUUGUGUGCGUCCAUCGGCCGCCGGUGGAAACACGAGAUGGGUCAUGUCGGCAUGGCGGAGUGCCGCAGCAAGGCUGAAUACGCCGCCACGGGCGGUUUGGCCGCGCAGACUGCGCUGCAGGAAACGCUGGAACAGUCGGGCACCAUUGGCACGGUGGUGGAGCGCCCUAAGGUGCUUGGCACUCGGCUUCAGCUGACACGGGCCCACACGGGGCCCAGUGAGGAUGAGACCAAGCGGCUCAACACAGCUCAGUACCUCAUCCUUGAGGCCGCCGCCCUUCCGGUCACGCGCCACCAAGCCUUGUUUUUCGCUAAAAGCACGGGCAUGGCCGUGGCCACGUCGUGUGGAUGGUCACAACUUCCCAAUCUGCAGGAGCUUCAAAAGCUGCAGCGCGCCAUUGAUGCGUGUCACGGGGAUGCACAUAGUCUGGGGGCGGCUGGCCCGCUGCACAGAUUGCUGGCGGGGCACACGGCCUCUCCACGGUUCCAGGUCGGGGCGCAUCAGACACUGCACCUGCUUAUGCACUUGGAUGGAGGCCUCCGUGACUGCUGGCAGAGCAUGCGCCAGAACCAAGGCCCUAUCAUGAUGCUCCGACGCUGGAUGGAGCGUCAGGGCUGGAAAGCCCUCGAGCCGUGGGUCUGGGAACACACGGAUGCCCACAGCAUCCUUGAUGCACGGUUGCCUGCUCACCGUGGGAAUGCUGCCUGGUUGGCAAGGGGAGGUCGCGUGGUGUGCUCACUGCCGGGGCAGGGUAAGGCUCAUGUGGCUCACAUGCUCCGUGAUGCUUGGCGCGCCCAGCAAUGGCGCGAGUUUUCAAGACUCCGGUACCAAAGCAGCUCAGGCUGCGGGCCAUUUGCGAUGGCGGGACGUGGAACCGAGGGCGGUUCUCGUCUCCAAGGCGUGUGA